GAGAUAACAUGACUUCAGAGUUAGAAAGGUGUGUGUGUGCUUUUCCUGAGCUCACGUCACUUUGGGGCUGGUAGUAGGAUUACACAGCAAUGCCUGGAAUAAUAAAGCUAUUAUUAUACUGUUGUGCUAAGUAUCCGGCACACAGCCUCUAAUGCUACGACCUCGCCCCGCACAGCAGCACCGGUGUACGCUGUCUAAUGAAAUGAACGCCCUCCGCUGCACCACGUUAGCCUCUACCGCUAGCAGCUACAGGAGCAGACAAGCUAUUAAAACAGGGGCAAAUGCACUUUUUGUCUCUUUCUACCAAAGCGCAUGUAAUUUUUCUAAAUGUCCACGGAAACAGCUGACUAAAGUUUGACAGCGAAUCCACCAGAUUAAAUUUGGGAAACAAACAGCCCACACGAAGCAGUGCUGGAAAUUUGCUCGGAUUAUUAAGCCUUUAUCUGUGUUAAGAGACACACAGAUCUACUGCUGAUGACCACAUCUGAAGCCAAUCCUGAGUUGUGAGUCAGAAGAGGAGAAGCUGGGCUGAUGACAAGCAUGACUUUGAGCCAAGCCACAGAUCCAUGCCCACUCAAAAGGCCCAACUGAGCGCCAUCCCCUCUGCUUUCAACCGGCCUCUCAGGGUGGGGGGGGGGGUGUGUUGACGGGGCAUAGCUAGCCUUCUGCACCCCCAAGCAGGACCUCGCUGUGAAACUGGAGGUCUCUGAUGGAUCAGGGUAGUAGUGAGCAGAGUCCGGAGGAGCCGGACGCAGGAGGCCGAGCGGAGCCGGAGCUCGGCAGGAGGGCGUCGGAGUCAGAGCACGGCCUGUCCAAAAUCACCCAUAAUGCCCUGGAGAACAUGGGAGCGUUGGGCCAUGGCCUGAAGCAGUUCUUCCAGCCACAGCGCCGACGCUCCUCCGUUUCCCCGCAUGACUCCGCCUUGUCCUCCACAGGCGCCCCUGCCUCCGAACCCACUGAUGUAGGGUCAGAAGUAGGGGACGCUCCUGCCUCCUCGGCCCCCCCUUUGGAUUCUGACAACCCUGCCACUUCCGCCCCUCCCGCAGCUCUGAGCCGCGUUCUGCAACAGAUACGAGGUGCUCCACCAAUGAUGAAGCGAGGCACCAGCCUGCAGAGCCGCCGCAGCAAGGCGGGGGGAACUGGGGACCCUCCCCAGAAAGGUAGCCCGCAGAUCCACCGGCGCAGCACCCAUGAAGCCCUGCUGCAGUCCGGACGCCCGCGCUCCUCCUCAACCACGGAUACGCCCAGCAGCCCAGCCCUAGUUGACAUGCUGCUAACCUCUGGUUAUCACUCCACUGAAGAGCCUGAUAAGCUGGAUCGUUACGAUGGCUCAGUCCCCGCUGUGUCACCCAAUGCCCUCCCCUAUGGUGCAGACGGGUACGAUGUGGUUGACAGUACCCCAGACCCCCAGCGUACGAAGCAGGCCAUUGCCCAGCUACAACAGAAGAUCCUCAAGCUCACAGAACAAAUCAAGAUAGAACAAACUGCGCGCGAUGACAACGUGGCCGAAUACCUGAAACUUGCUAAUAACGCUGACAAACAGCAGAGUGCACGAAUCAAACAGGUGUUUGAGAAGAAGAACCAAAAGUCAGCUCAGACUAUCCAGCAACUGCAGAGGAAGCUGGAGCACUAUCAUCGGAAACUUCGUGAGGUGGAGCACAACGGCAUCCCCCGCCAGCCAAAAGAUGUUUUCCGAGACAUGCACCAGGGCCUAAAAGAUGUCGGAGCCAAGGUGACGGGAGGCCUCUCUAGCUUCUCUCAAGCCACCCAUUCAGCUGCUGGAGCUGUGGUGUCCAAACCAAGAGAAAUUGCUUCCCUGAUACGCAACAAGUUUGGCAGUGCUGAUAACAUUUCAGCCCUGAAAGACUCUUUGGAUGAAACCCCGGGGGACGAGGGCGUUGGCCCUGGGGGAUCUAGGACCCUUGGUACGGGACAAUUGCAGUCUAGCCCAAAGUAUGGUAGUGAUGAUGACUGUUCUAGUGCUACGUCAGGCUCUGCCGGAGCGAAUAGCAUGCCUGGAGCCCCUGGUGGCCCCCCGAGCUCCAGGGGCAACACCCUUGAUCAUGCCCAAGCCUCAGGCUUUGAUGCCAUACUCCAUGAGAUUCAAGAGCUUCGUGACAACCAAGGGCGACUUGAGGAGUCUUUUGAAAGUUUGAAAGCCCACUAUCAGCGGGACUACACCAUGAUCAUGGAGGCGCUACAAGAGGAAAGAUACAGGUGUGAACGUUUAGAGGAGCAGCUCAAUGAUUUGACAGAACUGCACCAGAAUGAAAUUUUGAACUUGAAACAGGAACUAGCCAGCAUGGAGGAGAAGAUUGCCUAUCAGUCCUAUGAAAGGGCAAGAGACAUACAGGAGGCGCUAGAGGCUUGUCAGACACGUAUCUCCAAGAUGGAGCUGCAGCAGCAGCAGCAGCAGGCGGUGCAGUUGGAGGGUUUGGAGAAUGCCACAGCACGGACUCUACUCGGAAAACUAAUCAAUGUGCUGCUAGCUGUUAUGGCGGUCCUUCUGGUGUUUGUGUCCACAGUGGCUAACUGUGUUGUCCCCCUAAUGAAGACACGCAGCCGCACGCUUUCUACUCUGCUCCUUGUUAUCCUUCUGGCCUUCCUCUGGAGGCACUGGGAUGCCAUGUCGGAGUGUCUGCAUCGCUUUCUUCUGCACCCCAGAUGACCGACCCAGGACGCGUAUUUUCAUGAUAAAGUGUGUGGGGCUGGUGAGUAAAGGGAGGACAUUGACCCAUACAGGGAGUUCAGUCUCAGCAGUCCUGCCUUUUCAAAUUCUUCAUCAGCUUCUCAAAACACUCAGGAGGAUUGCAUCGGAGGCUUUGUCACUUUACCACUUUCUGAAAUGUGUUUUGAGAAGAGUAACGGGAUCCAGAGAGAAGAGGCUGGAUGUUUGGUAUUGACUUUCUAUCAUUGGUGCAAUUGUGGCACAAGCACAUACUGUAAGAGUGAAUGGAGCAUGGCUGAAGGAGGGGUCGAGAGAACUGCACACUUUCUCUCUUCUGAGUGAAUUUGUUUACAUGUGGAAAACGUCGCAUUGUUUCUCCACUGAAGAAAUUGUAAUUCAGAGUUUUAUUACAUUUGAGCUGAUUCAAGUGGUAUUGUUUUGAAGUCACUGCUAUUUUUAAUACAGCUAAUUGGUGGAUUUUUAUUUUAUUUUAACCGUAAUGAGCUGACAGUGUUCUGAAGAUUGUGUUGCCCACUUUGUCUCCUUUUUCGUAAAUUCUCUCUCUUCUGGCUCUUGUGAUUCUGGUUAUUCGGUCUGCACUUCCUUCCCUAUUUAUCUUUUUAAAUUCAGCUUCUGUGACCAACGCUUCCUCUUCCUGCUCACGACACUGAAGAACGGGGUGCUUGCACAUCAGCUACAUUGCUCUGGAAUCACUGGGUUAAAUACUGUAGUUGUGGGUUCUUGACUUGUUUCUUUUGGAUGUAUGAAGUCAAUAACACUGGCUCUGCCACAACCAAGAUAUUUCUAUCAAAAACAUUGUGUUUGGAGUUGCAACCCUGCCAACUGGAUCUUGCUAUCCUGGUGGCAUUUCCACUGCAGAUGAAUAAUCUAUGAACGGAUUUAACAUACUUGAAGAGCGGUCAAACUGCUCAAAGACUCAGUGCUUCCGUACUGUUUCUAUUAGUGACAAUGAAAUAGUAAUACUUUUUAGUUGAUUUUUUUAUUUUUUAAAGAUAAAUAAAUUUGCUGUUUUAAAAGGUGA